CCUCUUCUUUUCUAUGCAGCCCCAUCCAUACCAUACACUUUGUUUGUUUUAAGUUUUAACUAACUCACUCAUUCACUGAGUGUGUGCUUUCUGUGUGUUAAAAUGGCUUUUAACAAAAUCACACUCUUCUUGUGCAUUGCUGCUGCUUUUCUCUCUCUACUCAACCCCAGCUCCGCUAGAAUCCCCGGCGUCUUCACCGGCGGCGCUUGGCAGUCUGCCCAUGCCACCUUCUAUGGCGGCAGCGACGCUUCCGGCACCAUGGGUGGGGCAUGUGGAUAUGGGAAUCUGUACAGCCAAGGCUACGGUGUAAACACGGCAGCGUUAAGCACGGCGCUGUUCAACAACGGGCUGAGCUGCGGUGCAUGUUUCGAGAUAAAAUGUGACAGUGACCCAAAAUGGUGUCACCCUGGAAGCCCAUCUAUUUUAGUCACGGCUACUAACUUUUGCCCACCCAACUUUGCCCAAGCCAGUGAUAAUGGUGGCUGGUGCAACCCGCCCCGAACCCAUUUUGACCUUGCCAUGCCCAUGUUUCUCAAGAUUGCUGAGUAUCGCGCCGGAAUUGUCCCCGUUUCUUACCGCCGGGUAGCGUGCAGAAAGAGGGGAGGAAUGCGAUUCACAAUCAACGGUUUCAGUUACUUCAACUUGGUGCUCGUCACCAACGUGGCUGGAGCUGGUGACAUCCAACGAGUCCUCAUCAAGGGCACAAAGACCCCUUGGAUGCCCAUGAGUCGCAACUGGGGGCAAAACUGGCAAUCCAAUGCUGUGCUUGUGGGCCAGGCACUCUCCUUUAGAGUCACGGGCAGUGACCGUCGUACCUCAACGUCCUAUAACAUCGCCCCACCUCAUUGGCAGUUUGGUCAAACCUUUAUGGGCAAGAAUUUCCGGGUUUAAUAUAAUACACACACCUUACCUACAUUAUUAUAUUAUUUAAAAUAAUAUAAUAUAAUAUAACCGCAGUGUCUGUGUUUUUAUUAAUUAGUUUUGUGAUUCUCCCGAGAUUCCCAGCUUCAUAUUUCUCUCUUUUUUACCGGGAAAAUUUGAAGUGAUUUGGGUGGGAUGAAGGGAUGAGUAGUGGUAAAACCUCCUAGUAUUUUAGUUGGGGGUGUGGUAACAUUUUUUUUUACUUUUUACCUUAAGGGGUUUAUCAUGUUUUGUUUUAUUAUCUAUUGUUGUUGCUUUAAAAGAUAAAAGCAGCAACAUUAUUCAUCAAGGGGAUGAAUUGAAAAAGUGUGUAAAAGAGGAGGCUGAGGGAGCUAAAAACAAAUGUAGCCCACAGCUUCUUAUGCUUAUUAGUUACUUGUGUUAGUAUGCUACUCUUUUAUAA